AUGAGGAAUAUCUGCAAAUCGGCUAUACUAAAGCCGCUUCUUAACGACUACUUCGCUUACCAAGCAUGCGAUAAAAACGAGCGACGAGACCGGCCGCCAUCAGAGAGCUUGGCCAUCUUCAAGGAGAUGAAGGACGGGACUGAUUUUGGCAGGAAGCACUGCAUCCGAGCUCGAAUUGCCCUUGACUCACCCAACGGUGCGAUGCGAAAUUCGUGGCUCCAGGAGAAACUGGCACAGCUGCCCCGUACAAAUCUGGACUUUGCCCGCUUAUACUUCCUCCGGACAUUCCUCUCCAAGAAGAAGCUGACCAAGGUGGUCGAUACGGGUAUCGUAACAGGCUGGGACGAUUCCCGGAUGCCGACAGUCCGCGGUCUCACCGUCCCCGCUCUCUGUGGGUUCAUGCUAACGCAGGGCGCCAGUCGGAAUGCCGUCACCAUGGACUGA